GUUUUUCACUUCCAAACACUUAAAAGGAAACCAACAUGGGAAAGCGCACGAAAAAGGUCGGGAUCUGCGGGAAGUACGGCGUGCGAUAUGGGUCGUCGCUCCGUAAGGUGGUCAAGAAGAUCGAAGUGUCCCAGCACGCCAAGUACAACUGCGUCUUCUGUGGCAAGGACAGCGUGAAGCGCCAAGCUACCGGCAUCUGGAAGUGCAAGUCGUGCCACAAGGUCACCGCCGGUGGCGCCUACUUGUUGAACACUCCCUCGGCUGCCACCGUGCGCUCCACCUUGGCUCGUCUCCGCAAGGCCCGCGAAGCCAACAUCGAAUAGAUCAUCUCGUAUCUCUUCACUGGUUUGAGUUGCCACCCUGCUGCUGCUCCUGCACAUGGCUCACUACCCAUGGCGAUCCCCAUUUAAGUGUAAUGAGAAUGA